AUGAUGUCGAGAUCCCUUUCGGUGCCUAGCAGCAGCAGGGAUCAUGCAGCAGCUGAUGGAACUGGCACGAACCCGUUCUACAGUGAGCGGCUGCAGCAGGAGAUAGCGCUUCAUGAAAGAAGGCCAAAGCAUCUUCCUGCAGAUGAUGAAGGGCGAGUUCCGCCAGUGCAAGAUGGAAGGGUGCUUCAACACUGCAUGGCACUGUGCUUGGUGAUGGAGCACUUCAAGCUCGGGCUUUGCACGGCACGGUUCUUGGUGAAGGAGCGCUUCAUGAUCGGGCGUUGCAUGGCGCUGUUCUUGGUGAUGGAGCUCUUCAAGGUCGGGCUUUGCAUGGCACGGUUUUUGGUGAUGGAGCACUUCCUGAUCGGGCUUUGCAUGGUGGUUCUACGGCGAUCCCUGGGCUUCAAGAUCCUCUUCAACAAGGGCAUCCUCUUCAAGGAGCACAAGGGCAUGGAACUAUGGGUGUCGCACCAAUGCCGGCAUCUUGGGAAGCUUCUGGAGGAGGUGGCGGUGGAAAAGCCGAACUACCUGUGCAGAAACUUUGAGCUUGCUGAAGUCCUCUUCUACAACGUCUACAAGUGCGAGCACACCGGUGACGUGGAAAUCACAAUGCAGCUGCAGCAAACAACAAAGCGGCUGUCAAGCAAGCUUCAGUUGGAAAGGGUCAUGAUGGUGGAGUUGCAAGCUCAACAACUGAUCAAACUUCCUCCAGUACAAGCGCUGAUGGUCCAGGACUGGGUGCUGAGAGUCGAUGUGGAACUUCACAAUGGAUGUCCCUACGUUGCUCAUGAAUUUGGAGCAAAGCUGCUGACGGUGUUGGAACAGCAUCAAAUUCAACAAGAGCUGAAAAAGAUGACCUUGAAGUCUAUCUUGACGAGAGGGGCUGCCGGUCUUGGCAACAACAUGAGCAUUGAAAUGGCGAUGCUUGUCAAGCUCAAGGAGGUCAUGCCGACUUUGCCUGAAGAUUUGGCGUUGAAACUGGUCCCAGAUCUCUCAGUGCUCACGGACCCCAACAUCGGCUUGAACCUUCCAUGGAAUCGCAGAAAGCGAAAAAGACUCAUGAUGGCAAAGAAUGUGAUCAUCCACAUGUACAGUGGACCUGAUGCUUCUUACUGGGAGCGGCGUUUGUCAAAUGAGCACACUGAGGUGCUGUGCGUGGACUUGGAAGCUUCAACACCUUCAAAUGCUUUGGAUGAAACAACCUUUGCGUUUUUGCUUUCCUUGUGCGCCAGCAAACGUGUCAAAGCUCUACUUGGUGGUCCUCCAUGCAGAACAACAAGUGCUCUCAGGUUUCAAAAAGAUGAUGGUCCACCAAUUCUUCGAACAGAAGAUCACCCAUACGGUUUGCCAUCAUUGACUCCACAACAAGCUGAAUUGGUCACCAAUGACUCAAUUCUGUGGCUCCGGUUGAUGCUGAUGUACAUCCUCUGCGAAGAAGUGCGUCCAAAAGAACAAGCUCAAACUGCAUUUCUUUGUGAACAACCUCAAGACCCAGCGGAAUACCGCAAGAAGGAGGAUGUGGAUGAGCACCAGUACUUUUCAAUGUGGAGAACUCAGGAAUGGAAAAGCUUCCAAGAAGCCUACAACGCCAAGCUGAUCUCCUUUGAUCAAGGGCUGCAGUUGCUGAAGCAAUCAGCAGAUGGAUUCGCCGUGAAGCGCCUCCACGUGAAGGACCUGAAGAUCCUGUUGGCGUUGUUUACGCCGAAGACGAUGUCCGACCUGUUGGUGAAGAUCACCCUUUGCCUGGCCUUGAUGAUCCUGAGCUCUCUGGUGAUCCUCAAGAACAACAACCUGGAGAUGGUCAACCACCUCAACAACAUGUUGAACGAGAUCAACAACAAGCGGGCCAUGAAGCUCAACAUGAACAAGGUCUUCCUGCAGGUGUUGCACAAGAUGAACCUGAUCCUCUCCAAGAAGAAUCGGCCUGAAGACCCUGAAGUACGUGCUGCUCAAGUGCGAAGUCAUGGCAACAGAGAACGUGUUCAUGCUGGCGCAGCUUCUGCAAUGAGUUUUUUGGUGGGGCAGGCUCUUUUGUCCGAAGCUGAAGCUUUGGAAAUCAAGGGAGAACAAGAUGAAGCGGAUCCACUUUGGAUUGCUGCGGUGGUUUUGAUGAUCCUGGGGGCAAUCUACGCUGGCAAGCUAGCCGUUCAAGCUGGUCAAUGCUGCAUGCGCCGAUUGCAAGUGUGGUCGUCUGCCUCUUCUUUGAGCGGCGCGGAUCCUCUUGCUGCUGCGGCUGCUGGCCCUGUGCAGGCCUCUUCUUCGGGCGGCGCUGAUCGUUUUGCUGAUGUCCCUGGCCUUGAGCAGGCCUUGGCUGCUGUGGCGCAGAUCUCUGCGGCUGAUGGUGGCAUCGAGCAUGCGUUGAUGCAGCGUGCUGGCGAAGUGAGCGAGGCACUUAGGGUUGGUGCAGAAUCUAAAGCGACUUUGCACAAUCCAUGGUCGGCCAAAUCCCGACGGACGCGGAUGAGAUGA